AUGAGUGGUAACGGCGAACUCAAGAAUGUCCCGACCAUCAAGGCGCCGUGUGAGCUCUACGAGCCCAUGCAGCGCUUGGACAAGCACGACAUUAGCAAUUAUUUUAUUAUCGUCGGCUCGCACCUCAUGAUGCAUCCAGAGGACCGCGUCAAGCACCUUGCCGGCCUCGAGCAGCAGCUCAAGAAGCUCACGGCAGAAGAGGAGGUCGAAGCUAUGCAGGCCAAGCUACGAUUCGCGCAGAAGAUACAGGCUAUGGACAAGUUCUAUGUGAUGGCCAUGGAGCUUGGAAAGAAGCUCGGCGAAUGGAAUCGGCAGCGCGCCGCCAAAGGAUUGCCGUCGUAUCACGUCAGCACCGGUGGUGGUCCCGGCAUCAUGGAGGCUGCGAAUCGCGGCGCCCACGAAGCAGGAGACAAAACGCUCGGCUUCGGGGCCAGCCGGCCAGAGUGGGGCUCCUUGAACAAGUACGUGUCGGAGGAGGGUGCCUUCGAGUUCCAUUACUUCUUCAUGCGGAAAUUCUGGAUGGCCUACAAGUGCAUGGGCCUCGUAGUCUGCCCAGGAGGCUUCGGGUCACUGGAUGAGCUCUUUGAAUUGCUAGUGCUCCUGCAGACCAAGAAAAUCUCCCAUCCUUUGCCGAUCAUUCUGCUGGGAGAAGAAUUCUGGAAAAAGACCAUUAACUUCCAGUAUUUGAUGGAAUGCGGCAUGCUGACGCAAUCGCACUUAGACAUGCUGGUCUUCAAAGACAGUGCGGAGGAUGCUUUCCAGUACCUGGUCGAGUCCGUUCGAAAAGCAGAGGAGUCCGGUGAAACGGAGCAGGUGGAAACGGCGAAGCGCAGAAGAUUGGAAGGCAAGCCAAGCACUCCUUCUCGCAAAGACAGAAGCUAA